CAGCUAUUUUAAAAAUCGCGUAACCAUGGAAAUAGAAGCAAUGAAGUGUUUUGUUAUCGCCAAGAACCCGGGGAAAAAUACUAAACUAACGGUUUACAGAUCGUCGUUAUCACUCACCGAAAACGAAUCGGGCGUUGUGUUUCUCAGCUGGAAAUAUCAGCGUGUUUGUCGUAACAUCUCUCGGGAAUACAAAUUGGUUGACCUCGUUGGAUUGUUCACCGAUUUAGUGUCUGACGGCAAAGUGGCAUUUUGUUUCCGAAAUCCCAGAGAAGAGCUGUUGGUUAACGCUGACCAACCUGACGAUUUAAACUUGUUUCUAAUAGACUUGGACGUCGUCAUCAGUAGCAGACACUUAGAUAUAUCAUUGGAUAGACAUUUCAAUCCAGAGUUCUCAAGAUUCAUUUCAGUCGAACACUUUGAUAGGACAAAUCUGGACGCCAAACAUCUUAGCACAGUCAUUUUGGAAAAUUGUGUUUUAUCAUCCAUGCCGAUCGACAUUGGCAAUUUGCCCAUUUCAUAUCUUAGCUUGUCGGGUUGUACAAUAAAUACACAACAACGGGAAUUUUGGGAUUGGAUGUCCAUGGAUACUAUUUCUAAAACGUUAAUAAUUUUCGAAAUGAAUUCUAUUGGUUUGAAUGCAUUGCCGUUUGAAAUUUUCUACCUGUCUAAACUACAAACAUUAUCCGUGGCCAAGAACAAUCUGGUAGGUCGACCUAGUUAA